AUGCAUGCAGCAUGUGACUCGGUCAACUCAAGAAGAUUAAGUCAGUUAGUUGUUACAGUUAAAUGUGCAACAUUUUCUCCAUCAUGUAGAAGCCUGUUCAGCAAAUGUGGUGAUCUGUUUGCUGUCCUACUUGUUGAUAAUACGCUUGUCUACAAGACCAAAGUUUGCCCCAAGACUUGGAGUCCUACAUGGAAUGAGUCUGUAUCAGUUAUUGCUUCUCCGAAAAGCACCAUUCAAAUUAAAAUUCUCAAUCAUUUCAAAUUAGGACCAGAUGUAUUGAUCGCAGUUGCCGCCAUAAACCUCUUCUCUCUUCUUAUAGAAUAUAAUGGUGUUUGUAAGUUUUACACUUUUCUUAAUGCUGUAGUGUCUAAAUGUGAGCUGAGAUUGUCAUUAUUUCAUGGAUGUGAUUACAAAGGGUCAGUAUUUGUAAUGUUAGAUAAACUAAGAAUAAGUAUGCAGAAUCUGGAGGACCAAAAUCAUAUACUCGGUAGUUCAUCACAAGUUUCCUCUAGCACCAGUACAUCGGAAUUUACAUCUGUUCCAAAUCAAAGUCCUCACCAGGAAUCUGUCGGUGGUUAUACUACUGUGGUUACAACUGAUAUUGCUCAACUUACUAAUGGAUCUCAUCCACAUGCACCAACCAGCAGUUCCAGUCUCCCAAGGAUAACAACAAGUCAACAUGACGGAGCUUUUUGGUCAGCACUUAUAGGGUCUUUGUUUGGAUCUCAUAAAUUCUCUUCUAAAAAUCCUGCAGCAACACUUCAGUCGUCCGUUAGAGGUCAAGAUGUAGAACUACCUGAUAGACAACGUCCACUAAGUGACUGGACAGAAGUUGAUGGUAUGUUAGGAGGAACCAGCAACUUGCCCACCUCAUCAGUCUCAAAUUCCGACAUUAAUUCACAAAACUCUCAAAUCGUUGGAUCGUUGCCACCAGGUUGGGAGAGACGUUUUGAUACAUCAACUCAGAAAUACUAUUUUGUCAAUCAUAAAUGCAAAAUCACUCAAUGGGAAGAUCCACGUGAACGAGGAAUGGAUGAAACACAACCUCUGCCGCCUGGAUGGGAAAAACGUUACACAGCUCAGGGUCAAAGAUUUUUCAUUGACCACAAUACUCACACCACUACUUUAGUUGACCCACGUACUGGGCAACAUGCAGGUUCAUUAGGCAGUAUGGGAGUACCACUGCAGUAUGAAAGAAAUUUCCGUUCGAAGUUGAAUUAUUUCCGCGCUUGUUGUACAAAUGCUAUGCUGAGCGGUCAAACAAAACUUCUUAUAUCAAGAGACAAUCUAUUAGAAGAUUCAUUCCAACUGGUAUCUCAAAUGUCCACUUCUGGAUUAAGAAGACGUUUGUCGAUUACAUUUCUUCACGAGGAAGGUCUAGAUUAUGGUGGUGUAGCCAGAGAAUGGUUCUAUCGUUUGUCAAGGGAAAUUCUUAAUCCAAUGUUUGGUUUAUUCGAGUAUACUGGAACUGAUUAUGCCUUACAAGUAAAUCCAGCCUCUCAUGUCAAUCCGAAUCAUAUGGCGUAUUUUCGAUUUGUUGGUCGCUUCAUCGGUAUGGCUCUUUUUCAUGGUCGGUGUAUCGAUGGUGGUCUUACUUUGGCGUUUUAUAAGCAAAUAUUGAAGCGAAAGCUGACACUAGAGGAUCUCAGUCAUACAGACCAUAGUUAUUAUCAAUCGUUAAUUUACAUCAGGGACAAUUCAGUCGAUGAUUGCGAUUUGGGCUUAUAUUUUGUUGGGACCUAUGAUCUGUUAGGCGCUGUCCACGAGGAAGAGCUUAUUGAGGGUGGUAAAGACAUAAAAGUGACAGAAGAAAAUAAAAUGGAUUAUAUCAGAUUGAUGGUCGACUGGAGAUUUAAUAGAGGUGUUGCCAAACAAACAGAAGAGAUUCAUAAAGGUAUCUUUGAAGUACUAAACCCUGAAUGGUUACAACUGUUCGAUGAACGUGAACUUGAACUUUUAUUAUCCGGUAUGCCAGAAAUCGAUAUCGACGACUGGGAAAAGAAUACUGUCUACCUAAAGUAUACACGGUCGAGUAAACAAGUUAUUUGGUUUUGGAAGCUUGUCAAAAAACUGGAUAAUGAACAUCGUGCUCGACUUCUUCAGUUCGUCACUGGUACUUGUCAUUUACCAUUAGGAGGUUUUUCAGAACUAACUGGCAGUGGUGGUCGUCAAUUGUUUUGCAUAGAGCGCACAGGUGAUGAGCAAUGGCUACCACGUAGUCACACCUGUUUCAAUCGUUUAGACCUACCACCGUAUCGUUCAUAUGAUCAACUGUGUGAAAAAUUACAAAUGGCAAUUGAAGAGACUAAGGGAUUCGGACAAGAAUAAUCCAAUCAGAUGUGUAUGUGUGUGUAUGUGUAUAUGUAUGUGGUGGUCCUGCUUAUCUAUCCCUUGUUUCUUGUCCUCUUACCCCCCCAUCCUACCUUUGGACUAGUUUUAUUCUGUGGCUAGUUUACUGUGUACAUCCUAUUCUCUUAAAUAUAAUUAACUGUAGUAUGAUAAGGAGAAGUGAAUUGAGAACAUGCAUAUGAUAUAUAUAUAUAUAUAUACAAACUGUGAUUAAUCCCCUUGUGGUAAUUUUAUUCAACAUGUAAUUUCUCAUUUUUUGUUUUGCUUCUCCCUCCUUUUUUUACACGCAAAUUUUAUUGACCUUGGAU